GGAAAAGUCUGGUUGGAUGUAGAGGAGGAGGAGGAAAGAGAAGAAGAGGGAGAAAGAGGGAAUCAGAGAUGGGCAUGUUUUUCUGUCGGCGGCAGACGAUGCGUGUUGAAGAUGCUGAAGCUCCGUCGCGAUGUUUCCUUCCCUGAAAAGCUCCAGCUGGCAACUCUACAGGGCAUGUUACUGAUGGAACUUCAUCUCUGCAGAGGACUUAACUCAAGUCUGAUUCCAACUUGACUGCCACUGGUAAUGAAAAUCUGUACACCAAGACUGAAACGGCUGGGGGUAAGAUGUUUGUGGAGUCAGUCAUCCGAUGGGGGGCAUGGAGCAUCCUGCUCCAGUUUGGACUGGGUGUAUCUGCAGGGGGCUGUCCUCCACGCUGUGUGUGUCGACCCGAGGCUAAAGAAGUGAUCUGCUCUGGCAAACAUUUGAACUCUGUGCCAGAGCGCUUUUCCAGCGAUGCCAGACGUUUGGAUUUUUCCCACAAUAAGAUUAAGACUGUGGGCCGCCGCCAGUUCUCUGGCCUCUUGCAACUUCAAGAGUUGGACCUCAGUGAUAACAUAAUCUCCAUGAUUGAGGUAGAGGCUUUCCAGGGCCUACAGAAUCUCAGGACGCUUCAGAUUAAGAAUAACCGACUUAAGAUCAUCCCAGUUGGGGUGUUUUCUGGCCUGUCUAGCCUGCGCUUUCUAGAUUUGAGCCAGAAUGAGAUUCUGGUCUUCUUGGACUAUACCUUCAAAGAAAUGAUGAACCUGCAAACGCUAGAAGCUGGGGAGAAUGACUUGGUGUUCAUCUCACAGCGGGCUUUCUAUGGUCUACAGAAUCUGCAGGAGCUCAACAUAGAUCGCAGCAAUCUGACAUCUAUUCCCACUGAGGCACUAUCCCAGCUCCAGAGCCUGACACGUCUUCGAAUGCUGCGCCUCACCAUUACUACUCUUCCCAACAACGCCUUCCGACGACUCCACCGUCUGCGAAGCCUCCUGAUUGCAAAUUGGCCAGCCCUAGACACUAUGGCUAGCAACAGCCUGAUCGGUCUCAAUUUGACCUCGCUUGUGAUCAGCAGCUGCAACCUAAGUGCUUUUCCUUACUCAGCAAUUCGUCACCUGGUUUAUCUGCGCUACCUGGACCUGUCCUACAACCCCAUCACUGUUAUAAAAGGUAAUCUGCUAGGGGACCUCCUGAGACUCCAGGAGCUACACCUAGAAGGAGGGAGCCUGCUACGAAUAGAACCAGGGGCCUUUAGGGGACUGGCCUAUUUUCGCAUGCUAAACGUGACAUCCAAUCAGCUCACUACUUUAGAGGAGAGUGUCUUCCACUCUGUGGGGAACCUUCAAGUAUUGCGGUUGGAUGGGAAUCCCCUACAAUGUGAUUGCCGCCUUCUCUGGGUGGUCCGCCGAAGAUUACGCUUGAACUUUGAUGGACAUCAGCCCACUUGUUCCUCUCCUGAUGUGGUGAGACAGCGUGAAUUCAGAGACUUCUCAGAGAAGGAGCUCCCGAGGCUCUUCACCUGCCGCCCUGCACGUAUCAUGGACCGCAGGCCACAGGAGGCCAGAGUAGAGGAGGGCACAACAGUUCAUUUCUCCUGUAAGGCUGAUGGGGAUCCAUUCCCAUAUAUCACCUGGAUCUCAUCCCACAAGAAUGUGGUUUCUCCAACAGGAAGGAUCAGAGUUUUGCCCAAUGGUACUCUAGAAGUACGUUUUGCCCAAGUUCAGGACAGUGGCACAUAUCAGUGCCUGGCAGGCAACGCGGCUGGCAAUGACAGCCUGACUGUCGGCCUCUAUGUGAAGGGCCUCCCUCGUAACCAAACAAUCCCUCUCUUCUCAGAGGAGGGCUGGGUAGAGCCUUCGAAUCCCCAAGCUGCCAACUCCUCAGCUCAAACGGCCAAGCCAUACCCUUUCGAUGCAAAGACCCUGAUCAUCGCCACCACCAUGGGCUUUCUGUCUUUCCUCAGCUCGGUGGCCAUCUGUUUUGUCUUCAUGUUCUUCUGGAGCCAGAGCAAAGGGCAGAUCAAGCACACAGCAACUAUUGACUUUGUUCCUCGGUCUUCCAUGGGUGGAGGAGGAGGGGAUGGAGGUGAUGGUGGCAGGUUCACCAUGAAACUUAUUUAAAGACAAGGCAGAGUUGAAAGGGUUUUCAUACUGACUGCGAGCUCUUUGCAGUAUUGCCCUUCCAUUGGGACAUUCAUGACAGAGACCUCUAUUUGAAGGCAGAGACAGACAGAGAAAGUUACAUCUCAGCACCCACUUGGCUGUGUUAUCUAACUAAUGAAUAUCUCAUGAUCCUGGAAUAGAAAGAUGUUAACAGACUGUAGCCAGGGCUGUCAUUGUGGUUGUGCGUUUGCUUUCAAAAACCUGUAUUUUGAAUAAGCCAAUGACCGCUUACCUACCAGAGGUCUAACGUUUUGUUUUUUAACGUCUGUUUUAUUUAAGAAUUUUUUUAAUCUUCACAGAUUUUAGGAUUACACAAGAGAGUUUCAGUCAUCAAAUGUUUCUGCUUUAUUAAAACACAUCAGGUGCUCGUUUUAUCAUCCACAUUGCACAAGCCAAACCCAAGUCAAGUGAAUAUUUGCCCUUUUGUCACUCUUGUUGCCAUUUUUUGCUCACCAACAGAUUAUCAUGUCAAAGACUGUAUAUUCAGCAUUGGUUUUAAGACUUGUGCGUCAUGUGACUUCAUGGCGAUAAAGCUUUUGAUACUUUGAUGAAUUAAAUAUAUGGAAUAGUCUCACCAAAUAAUUAAUGGUUCUCAAAUGUAUGAUUGAAUUUUGGACAUUUUGGAGCUUUGGAUUAUGUUUCUGAAAUGCUGCAUUGGAGACACAUUCUUGCUUUAAAUGAUCACGUAACGAGAUAAGAUAGCAUACCAUAAUGUACAUAGCAAGGUCCCCAUUUCAUUCUUAAAACAAGUUUGACUGCUCCAAACUGGAUCAGUCUUUGUUUUGUACUUAAGCAUGUAAUUAAAUUAAGAUGAUUCUUUGUUUCAUCAGAAGACUAUAUGAUUUCUCCUUUUUUAUAAUCAAGAAACCACUUUUAUUUUUAUUUUUUACCCACACAAAUUACUGAAAACAUGUGCCUCAGUAACAUUCUCCCCAUGGACAAAGAGAAUGGUCACCGUUAUCUUGUAAAUAUUCAGGUCAAGGGCGUUUGUGUGUGCUGGGUUUAUUCUAUCAUUUUAUCUAGUUCUGGGGAUUAGUGUCACUCAGAUGCACCACUCUUGUUGUGUAUAAACUUAACUGCGUAGAUGCACUAUGCAAAAAGCGACGCUUUAUUAUGCCAGGAAAAGAGGAUGUACAUGAUGCACAUACAAAGCUUUGACAAGUUUGUUUGUUACUUGCUAUCUUGUUCAUAAAUAACUGUUUUUUUUCACUCAAUGUUAUUAAAUGCAUAUAUUUAAACCA